AUGCCAGGCUGCCUGGCGGGCCCGGGGGGCACCGAGGCCCAGCAGACCACCCUGUACCCGCUUGUGGGCCGCGUCUUCGUGCAUACCUUGGAGCCUACGAGCUUCCUGCACCUCCCAGAGCACGCUGCCCCAGCCACCGUCCCCGUCACCUACCAUGCCCACCUCCAAGGACACCCAGACCUGCCUCGGUGGCUCCGCUACACCCAGCGCAGCCCCCACCACCCUGGCUUCCUGUAUGGCGCAGCCACCCCAGAGGAUCGGGGACGCCAGGUCAUCGAGGUCACUGCCUACAACCGCGACAGCUUUGACACCGCCCGACAGAGCCUGGUGCUGCUGAUCCGGGACCCAGAAGGGUCCCCACUGCCCUACCAGACUGAGUUCCUGGUGCGUAGCCACGAUGUGGAAGAGGUGCUGCCCCCGACACCUGCCAGCCACUUCCUCACGGCCUUGGCGGGGCUCUGGGAGCCCGGCGAGCUCAAGCUGCUCAACAUCACUUCAGCCUUGGAUCGUGGGGGCCGUGUCCCCCUUCCCAUUGGGGGCCAAAAGGAAGGGGUAUAUAUCAAGGUGGGCUCCGCCUCACCCUUCUCCACCUGCCUGAAGAUGGUGGCGUCCCCUGACAGCCACGCCCGCUGUGCCCGGGGCCAGCCUCCGCUUCUGUCCUGCUACGACACCUUGGCGCCUCAUUUCCGCAUUGACUGGUGCAAUGUGUCCCUGGUGGAUACGUCAGUGCCAGAGCCGGCGGAUGAGGUGCCCACCCCAGGCGAUGGGAUUCUGGAGCACGACCCCUUCUUCUGCCCUCCCACUGAGGCCACUGCCAGAGACUUCCUGGCAGACGCCCUGGUCACCCUGCUGGUGCCCCUGCUGGUGGCCCUGCUGCUCGCCCUGCUGCUGGCCUACAUCAUGUGCUGCCGACGGGAGGGGCGGCUGAAGAGAGAUCUGGCCACUUCUGACAUCCAGAUGGUCCACCAUUGCACCAUCCACGAGAACACGGAGGAGCUGCGGCAGAUGGCAGCCAGCCGCGAGGUGCCCCGGCCACUCUCCACCCUGCCCAUGUUCAACGUGCGCACGGGUGAGCGGAUGCCUCCUCGGGUGGACAGCGCCCAGGUGCCCCUCAUCCUGGACCAGCACUGAGAGCCCAGACAGAGACCGUCUUGGCCACCUCCCACCUGGUGAUUCCGGCUCUUGGCCCAGCUGGCCCCCAGGGUCUUUGGACCAGCAGAGAGAGGAGGGGUGGAGCGGGGUGAGGACCCCCAGAAUAAACACCUGCUCCUCUGCUGCUCUGUGGUUGCCUGACCUCCCCCCAUCCCCCGCAGCCUCCCCGCGCACCUCCCUGCUGCCAGAGCCCGACACUGGCUCCCAGCUGACCUUGGGGCUCGUAGCAUUUUGCUGUUUCUGCAAACCUCUGGAAGAAAGAGGGGAGGACCUGUAUGGCCUUCUCAUGGACCUGACAGUAAGGGGUGCCUGGGCCGAUAUCCCGUGGACCAGGAGGCUGAGGCCUAGGGACAGCGAGUGAGCAGUGCAGGGUGGAACCUGGCCAAUCUGCCUGUGACUGCCCCCAGGAGGGAGAGAUGGGGGGAGGGUCUGGGGGUCAGGAGAGCUGGGAGAUUGUAUAUGGAGUCCGUUGACAGCUGCCCGGACCCCCUGGAGGGAGAGUCCCUCUGUGCCUUGUGUCGGGGGAGAAGCUGACAUAGACACGUGGAGAGAGGAGGGAACGCAGGAUCUCGAUGCCCUCGGCUGGCGGAGCAGAGUCCCAGGGUCUGGCAGAGCUGAGAACCCUCCUCGCCCAUGUCCUGUGUCCCCAUGGGAGUCCCGGGGAGCUCAGCUGGCUGUGAGGAGGCCCAAGGUUGUUUCCCAGAGGACCUCAGCAAGUGGGCCGCUGUGCCACCAGGAGGCUAACCCCAGAGGGCGCAGAUAGACAGGACACUGCAGAGGGCCUGGGACACACGGCCAUGAGAAUCCCAACGAGGGCCAGGUAGCCACCCACCAGGCCUCUCCCCUUCCCUCUGCUGGGACCCCCCCCAGUGCUCCAGGGUCCUCUCGCCCUCCGCAGUGCAGGGCUCUGCCCAAAUGGCCCCUCCUCAGAGAGGCCUUCCCUGAGCUCCUGGGACCCGCAGCUCCCAGGCUCCCUCCCUGCGCACCCCCUCCCAGCCCCUUCUCUGAGAGGGGCACCUGUCUGGGUCCUCUUGUCCACAUCCUCUGCCCAGCAUGGUCUGUGGCCCCAGGAGGUGCAGCGUCUGCACACAGAGGGUGCUCAGGAAAGCCCUUCUGAGGGAGAUCAGUGUCCGGGCUUGCUCAGGGUU